CAGGUGGCCCUCUGCUCUCCUCCACAUGGCUUCAGCCUCUGCUGGCUGCUCUCCACAUUCCGAUCCCCCUUCAGAACCCAGGCGUCCUGGCCUCCAGCUGAAGGCAAUGCCUGUGGCUUCCCCAUCUCUGGCCUGUGACUCAGGCCUUCCAAGGACCCAGCCCUUUUCUCAGCACUAGCGGGGAGGGGGACGAGGUGGCUCUAGCGAAGUGCAAGCACAGAAAAGCGUUCAGCCAAAACACAUGAAAUUGAAGACACUGACCAAACGGAACUGCGCGCCUGUGCUCCCGGAUCCCUCAGUCUGACCCCCGCAGACAGCAGACACCGCAGGCGCUUCCCUCUGCAUUGAGGCCUCCCCACUGAAUCCAUGUUGGGCAUUCCCUGCCUUCUAGGGGUCCUGGCGGUCACCUUCUCCUUGGUUCCCGGGGCACAGCCCCUGGCCCCUGGGAACCUGGAGGAAGAGGAGGAAGAGGAGACAACCUCACCCUCCUUGCCCUGCGACUAUGACCGCUGCCGCCACCUUCAGGUUCCCUGCAAAGAGCUGCAGAGGACCAGCGCUCCUGCCUGCCUGUGCCCCGGGCUCUCCAGCCCGGCGCUGCCGCCGGAGCAGCCGCGCCUGGGGGAAGUGCGCCUAGUGGCCGAAGACAGCCUGGCGGUGGUGCACUGGUGUGCGCCUUCCUCCCCGGUUCACCAGUACUGGCUGCUGCUCUGGCCCGGCGGCGGGGCUCCCCAGAAGGGCCCGCCUCUCAACUCGACCUUCCGCAGAGCAGAACUGAAGGGACUGAAGCCUGGGGGCUCUUACGUCGUGUGUGUGGUGGCUGCUAACGGGGCUGGAGAGAGCAGUGUGCCGGGCCCGGGUGGCCUGGGCCUCGACGGCGCUGGCGGUCCUUCCUUCGGGCCCUGCGGAAGGUUCAGGGUGCCGCCCAGACCCAGGAGUCUGGUGCACGCGGCCGCGGGAGUAGGCACGGCCCUGGCGCUGCUGACUUGUUCAGCCCUGAUCUGGCAUUUCUGCCUGCGCGAUCGCUGGGGCUGCCCCCGCCGCCAGGCCCGAGCCACCCCCAGGCUCUGAUCUGACCCGUAUCCGGGAGAAAUGGCAGCCAACUGCCGCCCGGCGCUGCCGGGACUGACGCGCAAGGCCAGGCUGAUUCCAGGAUCCGGUUCCCUAACCCUUGCAGGUCCCAGACCUAGCACUGGGCUAGGAGCUGACGUUUAGGAGGGGGUAGAAAGUUGAGUUUUUCUUUUCUUUUCUUUUUAAGAUUUAUUUAUUUGUGUAUACAGAA